UCAGUGAGGCUCGUCUUCAGACCGGUUCGGCUCAGCUCCUCCUCCUGGACUCCUGGACGCUGUUUUCUCCUCCUUCAUUGCUGUCUCCUGCUCUCUCCACAUGGCUUGGCCGUGCAUCAGCAGAGUGUGCUGUCUGGCUCGCUUCUGGAACCAGUUCGACAAAUCGGACCUCUCGGUCCCGCUGACUAUCCAGAACUACUCGGACAUCUCGGAGCAGGAGGUGAGGUCCGUCACCAAGCAGGUCACCUCCUCCUCAGAAGGAGCACCUGGGAAUUACUCCUCGAACCCAAACCUGCGGACCGGCGGCUCUCCUCCUUCUCCUCCUGCGCCCGGUGAUGGCCCGGGCACCCGGGGGUCUGUCCGGGGCCGGAGAGAGAGCCAUUAUAAACCCCGGGAGGACUCCCAGCCGCCCGGGGUGCCUUUCCCCGGUGUCACCCAGUACAAGCAGGAUUUCAAACCUUGGCCCAUUCCCAGGAAGGAGAACUUCCCGUGGAUUAAUAACGGAGGGGGCAGAGGACAAAGUGUUUCGGACAUUCCGGGUCACAAUGUCAUCCACGGACAGCCGGGGGUCAGGGAUCAGAGGUGGGGAGGACAGCAGGGGACCGGGGACGGCAAAACCAGCUCCUACAGACAAGCGUAUCAACCAUGGACAGGAGCAAGACCAGCUAAAAGUGGAAGAAAAAAUGUUCCAACUCAGCAUACCAGUCCAGGUACAGAGGCCACCCACAUUCCUCCUGAAACAAGCUACCAGGCUGCCUACAGCGGAGAGAUCCACAGAUCUGUAGAUGUACACCACGGCGAGCAGAUGAUUCCCUCCACCCCUAAUGUACACCCUGCCUUGGUCCCCCAAUCUGUCCCAGCUUCCCUGCAAGCCAGCGGCUCCUACAGCACCAACCUCCAGGUAAGCAUCCACUGGAGUGGACUAAGGAUCAGGAACAGCUGGUGAGGACGAAGCUCACACCAAACCCUUCUGCUGUUUUUCAAAGUGGACCACGAGUCUUCAACAUCUGACAGCUGCGUUCUGUUCGAGUUGUUUCAGUGGUAGGAGUGAUCGGGAGCUUGGUGGGACAGAGAGGUGUCAGUCCAUUCCCCAACACAAGAAUCUAUGCAAAGGAGCUCGUUGCUCUGUCUGUCCAAUGGGCAGGUCUGUGGAGCUGCAGUAUUGGAUCCCGUGCUGACAGAACAACAAUAAUCCUGUGUGGAUGCUCUCCUCUACUGCUUUUUCUCCAAAUGGUGAUCGGAAUGAAUAUGCAUGAAACUCACUAGUUCUAUUUGUUUUUGUAGUUUCAGAACCACUAGAACCACUGUUCCAUGUGACUCCGUCAGCACCGGCUGGUUUGUCCUUUGUUAUUCUCCUCCGGCUCAGUCCGUUAUUUGGUUUGUUUUCUAUAAGCAAAUAUGGUGUUGCUCGAUUUAUUGACCGAAAAGCGAAACAGGCUUUCUUCCCUCAGUAUUUGCUUACGCUGUUGAAAGUUUUCAUGCUUUUAUUUGUACGUUAAAAAUAAAGAGCAACUGUAUAAUUGACACAAAACUACAAUAAAAUGGCAGUAGGAUCUUAACAC